AUGCGUGUGCGUGCAUUUGUGUUAGAAAGUAGGCUGCAGUGUGGAGUAGAAGCUGGAACUGUAUUGCCAACUAUCGACAUAAUCCACCAACAGUUUUUACUGUCCUAUGUUUUCCCGAUGUUUCUGCUGAAACCGACAGCUCCACCUAAAAAAGUAUUCAAUUUAAAACAAUCUUGGAAUAUGAGGCAACAACAGAGAUGUGUUAGAAAGAAUUACUAAAUCAUGGAAUAGAGCUCAAAAAUAUUUUAUGGAAUAUAAGAAGGAUAGAGACCAUACUGAAAGAAAUUGCAUUACAUAUAGAAGUAAAAAUAUAUAAAAAGAAAAAAAACUUUUAGUCAUUUUAUAUAAUUAAUUGUUAAAUCAUGAACAUAUAACAAUGGGAUGAACAUUUUAUGUCAAGUACAAGAUCAAGAGAAGUAUAGGCACUUAAAAAAAAAUAUUUAAUAUUACUGAAAGAAAGCACAGUCCUAAAUCCAAAUUUUUUCAGAAUACAGAAAGACCAUAUAUUAUAGCAAUAUAAACUAAUAUAAUUAUGAAUAUAACAAAGUGAAUUUUAUAAAAUUAUAUAAUAAUGUUUGUGAGAUAUACAAACCUAAGUUAAAAUGAUUAAUGUUCAAUCCAUGAACGAGAGUGAAAAGCAGUCAACAUCUGAUACCAAGACAAAUGAUGACUUGCAAAGUACUGCAAAUAGUAAGAAACCUUUCAAAUGUGCAGUGUGCCGCAAAGGGUUUACUUUACGUGUAUAUCUCGCCAAACACGAAUUGGCCCCAGAAGCAGAGAAACAUUUCAGUUGUUCUUUCUGUGGAAAAGCUUUCAGCCAAAGAGAUAAACUGAAAAAUCAUGAACGUACACACACAGGGGAAAAACCUUAUCAUUGCAAUGUUUGUGAAAAGGCAUUCAGCCAAAGAACACAUCUCAGCAAACAUAAACGUACACACACAGGAGAAAAACCAUUUGUAUGCUUCACUUGUGGAAAGGCAUUUUCACAAAAAUCUUAUCUUCAUAAGCAUCAAAGAACACACACUGAACUAAAACCAUUUGUGUGUUCUGUGUGUCAGAAGAACUUUUCACAGAAAUCGUAUUUAAACAAGCAUGAACGAACUCACACAGGGCUAAAACCAUUUGAGUGCGCAAUUUGCCAUAAAGUGUUCUCACAAAAAUCAUAUCUUAACAAACAUGAAAGAACACACAGUGCAGAGAAACCUUUUAACUGUAGCCUAUGCAGCAAAGUAUUUUCCCAAAGAGCACAUUUAAAAAAGCAUGAACAAACACAUAGUAGAAAUGAAAUUUUACAAUCAGAAAAACAAUCAGAACCAGAAAUAGAAGAAGAAGAAGCAAAUCUAGAACAAACAUUGCUGCCAUUGACUGAUCAGCAGUCCCUUGAACCAUCAUCACCAUCACAAGUCCAAUUAACAUUUGAAACACAAACAAACUCCCAACAACUUACUUGCUGUAUACAACCAUUGAUGCCUAUCUCAAUUACAUCAGUGAUACCAAACAAUUCACAGGUAAAUAAUUACAACUGGUCAGCUGGGUUCCCAGUGACACCAACAUGGGCUGCUGCUUGGACAAACACACCCACAGAACCAAAUUGCUGCCUAAGUAUAUUAGAAGCUCAAACUGAAGAAAAAUAACAGAAAUCUAUUCAAUGUUAUUAACUGCUAAAAUAACAUUUAGUUUAGAAGACAUUACAAUUAGAUUUUAAUUUAUUGAAAAUACAAAACACAAAAGACUGUUAUUUCAUUGACACACCACCACUAUCUUAUUUGCAAUUUUAAUUAAUAUUAAACUUUUCAUGCAUUUACCUUAUAGAAACUACUUUUCCACCAUAAGGAUAAAUUUAGUUCUACAAAUUAUUAACUUUUUACAGUAACUGAAGAUGUAUCUAAGAUAUUUUGUUUAAAUAAAAAUAAAUAGGACAGAACUUUUAACCACUAACCAAAAAUGUUAAUUCUUUUACCAGAAGAAAGUUUUAAAAAUAUUAGCAUAUGAUUUUUAGUUUUUUUUUUUUUUUUUGGUUUAACUGCAACUUUUCACACACACAUAUGCAGUGACGGGGUGUAGAUCAUGCAGGCCAUGGCUGUGUAGCUAAAAAGUUCAUUUUGCAAUUACAUGGCUUCAUGGAAUCGACCAAAUUCAGAUGCUGCUUUUCAUGUGCCACCGGCACUGGCAAUGACCCAGGCAUGAAUGGUGCUUAUUGCGUGCCACUAGCAUGAGAGCCAGUCAGGUGGCACUGGCAUUGGCCACAACUACAAUUUCCAUUUUGAUUGUGAUUUUGAUUUUGAUUUUUGAUUUUACUCAACUCAAAAGGUCUCAAGCAUGGCGUGUCGCCCAACAAUUCAGAGGUACUUUUUAAAUGGGCUGGUUAUGCGACACUGGUAUAGGCUACAGCUGUGAUCUCACUUUACAUGCCAGAUCUUCCCAAUCACAGCAUAUCUCCAGAGGUCUCGGUCUCUUGUUAUUGCCUCUGUGAGGCCCAACGUUCAAAGGUCAUGCUUCAGCACCUCAUCCCAUGUCUUCCUGGGUCUCCCUCUUCCACAGGUUCCUUCCACUGUUAGGCAGUGACACUUCUUCACACAGCUCUCCUCAUCUAUACACAGCACAUGACCAUACCAACGCAGUCGUCUCUCUUGCAUACCAUGUCUAAUGCUUAUAUCCAACAUUUCUCUAAGGACACUUACACUCUGUUGUGUGUGUACACUGACAUUACACAUCCAGUGGAUCGUACUAGCUUCGUUUCUUUCAAGCCUACGCAUGUCUUUAGUAGUCAUGGCCCAUGUUUCACUGCCGUAUAACAUGCACACAGGCAUCAUACAGUCUAACUUUCACUCUGAGCGAGAGGCCCUUUGUAACCAGUAGAGGUAGGAGCUUUCUAAACUUUGCUCAGGCUAUUCUAGUUUCUCCCCCGGGCAUGUGAUGGAAUCUGUUUUCUGAGCAUCUUCGGUGCUUAUUGCCCCUGUGCAUCAGCUACACACAAAAGCUAUCAUCCCGCUUAACCUUUCUUUGAUGUUGCUGCACCUCUUAUGCAUCCAUAGCUUACACUGGGUACAUCUUAUAGAGUCUCUACCUUUGCCUUUUCUACAGAUCGAGCAGGACCUUCUACCUGAAGGGGUUUGUGAUUUGUUCACCUCCCUACUUACAGGACUUUGAUUUUUUCAACAUUGACUCUAAGGCCCUUCAAUUCUAAACCUUGCUUCCACACCUGAAAUUUCUUCUCUAGUUCUGGUAGUGAUUCCACUAUGAGAGCAAGGUCAUCAGCAUAGAGGAGCUCCCAGGAGCAGCCUGUCUUAAAUUCCUCUGUUAUUGCCUGGAAGACUAUGAUGAAUAUAAGAGAACUGAGGGCUGAUCCUUGGUGAACCCCUACUUCUACUCGGAAUUCUUUACUAUACUCAUUGCUGCCCAUUACCUUACUGACAGCAUCCCUGUACAGCUCUUAUUAACCAAUCAUCUAUUCCUAGUUUCCGCAUCGCCCACCAGAUAAGGGAUCAGGGGACACUGUCAAAGGCUUUCUCCAAGUCAACAAAAGCCAAGUAUAGGGGUUUGUCUUUGGCUAGGUAUUACUCCUGCAGUUGCCUUACCAGGAAUAUAGCAUCGGUGGUGCUUCUAGCUGGUACAAAACUGAACUGCAUCUCAUCUAAGCAGACUCUUUCCCUAAUUAGUUGGACUAUGACCCUUUCCAUGACCCUCAUCACCUGAUCCAGCAGUUUGAUACCCUUGUAGUUAUUUCUAUCUAAAGCAUCACCUUUACCUUUGUAGCAGUUGACUAUGGUGCUGCUAAGCCAGUCAUUGAGUAUGACUCCUUCGUGAACUACCUGGUUUACAAUACGGGUGACUAGACCAUAACCCACACCACCAGAUAUUUUAAGCAUCUCAUCAGUGAUUCCUGAUGGGCCGGGGGCUUUUCCUGACUUCAUAUCCUUAAUUGCUUUAUCUACCAGGGAGCUAUCGAUUCGGGUAACUGGUCCCUCAACUGGGUCAACAUUUGGCAGGCUCUCCACCUCCCAUUCAUUCUCCUCAUUCAGCAGCCUUUCAUAAUGGCUUCUCCAAGCCUCUUUCUUAGCAGAAUCAUUAAAAGCAAGUGCACCAUCAUCCAUGCAGACACAUUUCUCUCCUGUAACAUCACAAUUUUCUCUCACACAAUGUCUUGCAAUCUGAAAUACUUCAGUUCUUUGGUCCAAAUAUAAAUAUCAAAUAUCAUGAAAUAUAAAAAUAUUUGGAUUUCAAUGUUUUUGAGAUUGCAUGAUAACUGUUUUAGAAUUGUAAUGAAGAAUGAGAAUAAAAUAUGAAAAGUGAAGACAGGUGAUUCUUAACAGGUGAAGAAUGUUUUUAGUUUUCUCAGUUAGUAGUGAAGGGCAGUAUGAAAGAUACACUGAGAAGAGAUUGCAUAUCUGAAGCAUUGGAUGAGGGAGAUCAACAACUAUAGUUUGGAUAUGAGACGAAAAGAAAUAUGUUAGG